CAUGGACGUCAGCACGGGCUAGCAUUGUGAGUAUGUGUCUAGAGUCCUCCGUGUGCGUAUACAGCCGGAGUUGAAGCCCAUGCUCCUGUGUUUACACUGCUGUUGUUAGCCAUGCUAGUGUGGGUCAAGUCAAUCCGAGUAUGUCUACCUGUGCUGUAAUUACACCUUGGACUGCAGGACCAAAUUAACGACUUCCAUUUACUAAUAUCAGUGAUACAUUUGGCCCUAUCUCUCUGUCUUCCCUCCCAUUGGAGGGAAUAUCUCGUACCACUGUUUUUAAUAUACAACAUUCUUUGUUCUCUUACAAGCUAGUGGCAAAGCCUGAUUCAUUUUAGGAUUGGAAGAAGUUGGCUUGUGACUCAUUUGAAAACCUCAGAAAGGGCCUUACCCACAAAGAUGGUACUGAUGGCUGGUUGAAGCAUGUGCUGCAAUGCCCUCUGCAAACGUUCCUGAGGCUCCUCUGCUAGGACACAAUGAAAGAGUUCAGGGUGCUGGAAAGUGGGUUCGGUGGACAGCAGAGCCUGAGACCUCAGGAAAAUCUCCCGGUCCUUUGGGGAUUUAGCUUUAUUCACUGCUACUUGGGACAGAUAUUCCAUACGUGCUGGAAAGAAGAAGAACAAGGGAGGCCAUGAAGGAGCCACAGGAUUCAAUUUUUGCUUGAUCUUUAAUUCUUCACCAGAUUUCUUAUUAACACACUACUAGAUCUCUCUGUGCAAUUGAACCCACUUACAUUCAUGAUAAUCUUUGUCUAAACUUUGUACUGAUCUAUAUCCUGGGCCAUUGAUAUGAGUGGAGCUGCACAGGAUGCAAAUUAUCAUAGAAUUUGACUCCAUGUGUGUAAUGACUGAGCUACCCUGCAAGAUCACUUCUGAAAAUAAUUGGCGCAAACUGAUCCAUUCCAAAGGCAAGAAAGGUGCUCUUCAGAACUAUUUUAUGAACCCCAGGAACAAAUAAUGGAGGGAGAUCGCCCUAAACCUCUCUUCAAUUUGGUGGCAGAAUUUUAACAAGGGCCUCCCAGGAGCCCCUUCCAGUGUGUCAUUUAAAGAAACAACAUCUCUGCAGACCAAUAAAAACCACUGGAUUUUCAUCACUAGCCAUGUGGAGCUUGUCAUCAGACCGGUGUGGUGCUCUGCUCUGUUCAAUGUUGAUCUCACUCGGCUGCGUGCGUGUUCCCUCUGUGUGCUGUCCCAGCUCUGCGCAGAUCGCUGACACAGCACAUGCUGAGAGAACCCCCAAUGACCACAGAUUCUAGUAAGAUCUGGGAGCAACUUUGAUGAUCUGAAGCGUCGUCCUACCAGACAUGGAUACCUCGUACAAGAAGCCAGGCCUGUCACAGAACAGGCUGAUAGGUUUGAUCGAAACGGAUGACAGCAUCCAGGAAGGUAGAUCUGCAACUGGUGAACAGGGAGAAAAUAAAGGGAAGGAAAAACCACCCCUAGAGACUCCUUAUCAGAAAGAGAGGAGUGACUUUGAUCCAAAAAUCAUGAUUAACUUGAAUUAUCGACCAGGACUUUCCAGCAAUAGCCAAAAGGACCCAAAUCGGUUUGAUAGAGAUCGACUCUUUGGUGCUGUCUCGAGGGGUAACCCAGAGGAGCUGGAUGGUUUGCUUGAUUACUUGAGCAGGACCUCUAAAUUUCUCUCCGAUUCAAGAUAUACAGAUGCUGAAACGGGUAAGACCUGCUUAAUGAAAGCCCUGCUGAAUUUAAAAGAUGGGACAAAUGCCACUAUCCCACUGUUGCUAGAAAUAGACCAGAAGACUGAGAACCCAAGGCCACUUGUCAAUGCUGCAUGCACCAAUAGUUACUAUGCAGGCCAGACUGCACUCCACAUUGCCAUAGAGAAGAGGCACCUAGAUUUAGUGAAACUCUUGGUAGAGAAUGGAGCCGACGUCCACGCCAGAGCCCAUGGUGAAUUCUUCAGGAAGAAGAAAGAAGGAGUGUGUUUUUAUUUUGGUGAACUUCCCCUCUCCUUGGCUGCCUGCACCAACCAGUUUGAUGUGAUAAAAUACCUUCUUGAUAACCCCUACCAGAAAGCCAGGCUCCAGGAACAGGAUUCCCUGGGCAACACAGUUCUCCAUGCCCUGGUGAUGAUCGCAGAUGACACCAAGCAGAAUACCGAGUUAGUGUGCAAGAUGUAUGAUGAGAUCUUAAAGGCAGGCACCAAGAUUAACCCAGCAGAGAAGCUCGAGGAGAUAGUGAACCUGGCUGGGUUAACGCCACUGAAACUGGCUGCCAAGAAGGGCAAAGUAGAGAUCUUCAGACACAUUCUCCAAAGAGAGAUCAAGGAUCCAGAGUACUGGCACCUGUCUCGCAAGUUCACUGAAUGGACCUAUGGACCCGUCCAUGUAUCUCUCUAUGACUUGUCCUCUGUAGAUAGUUGUGAGAAAAACUCUGUGCUGAAGAUCCUUGCUGAGAGCAGUGACACACCAAAUCGAUACAAGAUGGUGGUUUUGGAGCCACUGAACAAGCUGCUUCAGCACAAAUGGGACACAUUUGCUGCCAGGAGAUUUUACUUGAGUUUUUUCUGUUAUUUUAUAUUCAUGGCCAUCUUCACGGUCCUUGCUUACCAUCGUCCCCUGGAGUUACAGUCUCCAUUUCGAGCAGAGUUCACAGCUAUCGGCUUCUUGCAGCUCACUGGACAGAUCGUUGUUUUCCUGGGAGGCUUUUAUCUCAUAAUUGCUCAGAUUCUGUACUUUUUGAGGAGAUGGCGGAGCCUGAAGAACGUGUUCUCUGAUGGCUGCAUUGAGGUCUUUCUCUUGCUCCAGGCAUUCUCGCUGCUGCUUUCAGCUGUGCUGUAUAUUGUGGGUUCAGAAGACUAUGUGCCGACAAUGGUAUUCUCCUUACUGCUGGGAUGGGUGAACAUGCUGUACUACACUCGGGGCUUCCAGUGGACUGGGAUCUAUUGUGUCAUGAUAGAGAAGACUAUACUGAGGGACCUGCUACGCUUCCUCGUGGUUUACGUGAUCUUCCUCUUUGGCUUUGCGGCAGCUCUGGUCACCCUCACAGGGGGUGCCCCUCCGGCUUCCCAGAACAAGUCUGUUACCCCGGAGGAUGGCGAUAAAGGCCACGUUGUGUACAGUGGGCUGCUGAGCACCUCCUUGCAGCUCUUCAAGUUCACCAUCGGCAUGGGGGACCUGGAGUUCCAGGAGCAUGUGAAAUUCAAAUACUUUGUCAUGCUGCUGCUGCUGCUGUUCGUGAUCCUGACCUACAUCCUUCUGCUCAACAUGCUGAUCGCCCUCAUGAGUGAGACUGUCACCAAUGUCUCUGGUUACAGCAAGAGCGUCUGGAAGCUGCAGAGAGCCAUUGCCAUUCUGGAAAUAGAGAAGUCCUGGCUGUGGUGCCCAAAAAGGAGGCAGAGAUCUGGCUGCUUCUUGUCUGUGAGCCUUGAUGAUAAGAAAGAUGAGAGAUGGUGUUUCAGAGUGGAGGAGAUUAACUGGGCCAACUGGGAAAAGGAGCUGGGAGUCAUCAAGGAGGAUCCUGGGAACUCCAGAGACUUGGAAAUAGAAUCCCUAGUGAAGAAAGUGCGGGACAGGAUGUCACGGGGGCAGGCAAACUCAGCAGAACUGGAGGAGCAAUUGCCGUUACAUCCAUUAGCCAGUGACUGAGAUGAGGCCACCAGAAGAGGACAAGCCAAGAGACUGUAGCAUGUUCUCGGCAUUGGAUCCUGUUGUUGCUCCCAUCCCAAUGAAUUCUUCAUUCUAUGGUGCCACUAAUAUUGAGAUGGAAAAGUAAUCAGUAUUAACAUGUCUCAUCAAAGACUGUGUUUCAGUCUGUUGCUUUUAUGCAUACAAAGUACUUCCUUUGAAGAAAUCAUUUCUGUUCAA